AUGCACGACCUCGACCCUUUGGAUCCGGCUUAUGUUCGGGAGGUCCUCUCAAAACCGCCCUUCGUGAUUAUUCCUGGAGUGAUCAAUGUUAGAGAUCUUGGAGGCCUCUCGUCAACAACACACCCCGGCCAAAUCACGAAACCUGGAUAUCUAUUUCGCUCUGCAGAACUGUCUGGAAUAACGGACGAGGGCAAAGCCAAAGUUCGAGAACUUGGGGUAACCAAAGUCUUUGACUUCCGAUCCGACACCGAAAUUCGCAAGUACAAUACACCAUUACCAGUGGUCGAGGGUGUGGACGUCAUCCACACGCCAGUAUUUCAAACUGCUGAUUACAGUCCGGAGAUGAUGGCGAAGAGGUACCAGCUUUACGCUAGCGGUAAGACGGAGGCAUUUCUCGAGCUCUACUCCCAGAUUCUGGAUCAUGGAGGACACGCCUUUAGUGCAAUUCUUCGUCACGUUCGGGACAAGCCAAACGAAGGUUGUCUCUUCCAUUGCACGGCGGGAAAGGACAGGACUGGGAUUAUGGCAGCGAUUCUUUUGAAGCUAGCCGGUGUGGAUAGUGAUGCUAUAUCCACUGAUUAUGCGUUGACGCGAGUUGGGAGGGAACCUGCCCGAGAGAAGAUAAUGGCACGACUGUCCAAAGAACCUUUAUUUGCUUCGAAUAAUGAAGCUGCUCUUAACAUGUUCACCUGUCGUCAUGAGACCAUGCAAGCAUUCCUCGUCCACUUUGACGAAAAGUACGGCGGUGUCGAUAACUACGUCAAACACUACGUUGGCCUUUCAGACGAAGAAAUUGCGACAAUCAAGAGGAACAUGCUUGUUCCCGUCAGCAGCUAG